AUGCCAAUGCCAAAAAUCCUGGCUCUGGAUCAUGACUUUUACCAAAAAUUUUAUGGCAUCGGAAGGUUCCAAGAGCAGCAUGAGGAGCAGGAAGUUUCGUCUGCUUCUGCUAGUCCUGCUGGCGGGGUUGGCUGCUGUAAUACGCAUUACGACACAGUAGUCUCCAGCAAGGGAAGGACGAGGCCUGUGACGAAAAAGGCGCGGUCGUUGCCAAGGAAGGACUCCAGGCAUUCGACGAGAGGGAGGUCGAGCGGGAGAGCGAAGGGGGUGUGUGGCGCCCCUGGGGGGACUCGGGGGACGGGGUCUGCGCCCUCCAUGAGACAAGGUUUGGCCGCGCCCUGCCCCGGGUCCUCCUGCUGUCGUUCCCUUGCUCGGGCAACACGUGGCUCAGGUACCUGCUGGAGGGCGCCGCCGGCCUCUUCACCGCCUCCGAGUUCGCCGACGAGGAGCUCCUCAGGGCGGGGUUCCUGGGCGAAGGCGAAGACCCAGGCAGCGGGAGGACCUUGGUGCAGAAGAGCCACGGCGCCGUCGACAAGUCGCGGCCGGACCUCGCGGGGCGUCACGAGGCGGUGGGACCCAGCACUCCGGCCGUCCUGCUGCUGCGCGACCCUCGAAGAGCAAUCAUUUCGUUCUGGAAGCUUCUAUCCCGGCCGGGGGACGGCAGACACACCGCCCAGCUGGCGCCCUCAGGACUUCCAAACUAACGCUUUCAGAGGCCACGUCGAGCGCAUGACGUCACAGUGGGAGGAGCUUGCAACGGACCGCCUCCUGUGGAACUCCGCCCCCUUGUUCGUGCUCCACUACGAGCGCCUCCUGAUGGACCCGCUUGGACACCUGAGGAAGAUCCUGCGUUUUCUUGGCAUGCCUGUCGACGAGGAGAGAUUGAGGUGUUUGGCAACUCACCUCGAAGGCUCUUUCAAGCGCUCGGGCAACGAGGAUUUCGACCCUUACACGGAGGAGGAAAAGAGGAGACUUUCCCUUGCCGUCGAGCGAGUGCAGAGGCUCCUGAGGCUCAUGGGCUACCCAGACCAGCCUCUCUACGAAUGGCAAGACGCUCUGCCCUAGGCCUAUUCCUGCAUUCUUUUUUUUGUAGGCUUAUAGUAACGCCCCUGUCUUUCCCUUAUUUGUGUGUGUGAUAAGUUUAUAUCUCAUAUAUAGUAUAUAUAUGAACAGUGCAUUCAUAAGGACAUAAGACACACGAGAGUCAAAUCACAGUUCCAUUUCACUCCCAACUUUUGAACACGAUUUGACGAAUAUGCAUAUGGUAAAGGUCGGGACAGUGUUAUGCAUAGGAUAUGUAUGUACAAAUAUGCUUUGCCCAGCGCUCUCUCUCACCGCCGUGUAACUGCUAUUGAAUAAACGGAGAACUAGA